AUGAAGAUGAGAAGACGCACCAAAAAAAUAUCAGUCAAGUCUAAGAGCCUUAGAUAUUCAAGAAAAAAAAUUAUACGUAAGAAAAUGGCAAGACUCUCGGUAUCUCUUUCAUCUAACAGUCCAAGGCCAUCAACUUCGUCUCAACCUCGGCUUCGGAAUGGUGUAAUAAGAACUGGCUUGCCCAAACUUUCAAUUCUGGGUAAAGAAACACAAUGCAAUUUCAGACUUAUAGUUGAUGAAGAUAAUGACGAUGGGUCGAUUAGAUCACGACCUUCUGCUCCUUUUUCUAGUGCAGCUAAUUCUGUUUCGGCUACUUCUGUUACCCAGUCGAACACCAGGUCAUCGUAUCUUAGUGAAAUAGAAGCUGGACAAGCCUCAUUAUUUCACUUUUCCACUCGACACAUGCAAGUAAAUUCAGACCACUCUAUGUCUCCCAUUCCAGUAGCAAAACAUUCAUCAUCAACUAUCAAAACCAAUCAAAUGAAUGCAAUAAAUACAAAUGAUAAUCCUGUAUCUCUAAACAACUCAUCUCUGACUAAACAUUCAACUGAUAAUUUAUCACUCGUCCCUAAACCUCCUACAUUUUUAAAUUCACGUACAAACGUACUGGUCAGUAGUUCUAAUAAUAAAUGUCAAUCAGUGUCUGUCAGCACUGCUCCUAUUCCGUCAACAUCUCGCACUUACCCAAAUGAAACCGGUUCAUCAAAUGGUAGUUGGAGCCUGGAAGCUAUCAAUCGAGUAAAGUCUAUUUUGAAACAUCAUUUGAAGGCUUAUGUUUCUUCGCACAGAAUUGACAAGGAAACCUGUCGUGAUAUUUUUCAACGUUCUUGGGCAAAGAUCAUUCGAAAACCAGCCCAUAAGUUGAGCGCUGAAUCUAAAAACAGCGCUACGCCGUCUUCAGGCUGUCUUUUUAACAAACAAAUUUUAUAUUUGAAAGUUAUGUUCCGAAGCCAUGCAUAA